AUGACAGCACAUGGAGGCGGAUUCGUUGGCAGAGGGGGCAUGGGCGCACGAGGCCGCAUCCAACGUAUAAAGACACACGUCCUCCCAUUCACAGACCACACGGGAAAGGAGGCAUUGAUAGUUUUCGAAGGCAGAGAAACAUGUCCGCUUCCACCACUCUACAGUUUCGCCAUGUACUUUACGCACAAAGACGUGAAUGCAGAAAAUGUCCAGCCAAACGAGCUCCUAGCUGCCAUCAGACGCGGUACCCCGCUGGAAAGCUACCCCUAUCCCUUUCGUCUAGAGAUAUACUUUCUCCCUGCUCCAAGUGAAGACUCUGCAUCCGACUCAGCCUGCAUCACUCAUUAUCGCGAGGAGAAGCGCAGCCGGGGCGACUACGUACGCCAAAUCGAAGCAGUCGAGGCUUCAGGCAGCACUGGUACUGGAGGGCUCCCUGGCUUCGUGCCAAGCUACAUUGACGACCCCUACGGCAACUUUCACCAUGGCCGUCUGUUCAACUACCAAGGUCCCAACUGGCGCACGGAUAAGCAGCCUGUUCGCCGCGUUUUCUUCGACCCUAUUCCGCAGGAAGAGUAUGCUCCGAUUGCGGAAGAGGCAGGGGAACCGGCAGUCCUGUCGCCGGUUCAGGUCACAUUGCAUGCGAUGCAGGAGAGCGAUACAGAGGGUCCGGGUGGAUCGUUUGUGGGUAUAAAGAUGUAUGAGACGGCGCAUGGGAAGACGGAGAAUGAGACAAAUGGGCCGUGGCAGGAGGCGGUGGAGCGUGAUUGGUCAACUUGGUAG